AUGGCCUGUCCGUCUGGUGACUUGGAUUCAGCUUGCGCGGCCCCGUCUACUGUAAUGAAGGCCUUCACGCUGUCUACCACGGUAACCUUCACUGAAGUGCCCCAGGACUGGCCGCAGAGGUUGCGCUUUGCCCGUGACCCUGCUGAUCCCGGGCCCUGUCGCACACAAGCUUGCUGGAGUGAUGCAUUUGAGCCCUGGCAUCGGGUGGACCUUGAAGAAGGAGGAACAGGAGAGUUGGCCGGCCUCAUCAGGGCACGCAGGAUCGGCAUCUCCAUUGCGCUGGGCCUCAUUGGUUUUUUAUUCCUCUUUAUGUUCCGCCCCCUUAAAUAA